AUGGGAGUGGUGACCUGUUCUGGAGUGCACCUAUCAGCGAAGGAUGACAUUUACCUGAGUGUGUGUCUGAUGAACCACUACAGAAUGUCGUGUCUACCAGCUGUAUUCCCAUUCCUGUUUAAGAUGAAAAUGACGUUUGACAAGAUAUUCAAUUCUGCCAGCGAUCCUGCAGAUGUUGCUGAAAUGUUGCAAUAUGAAACUGUUAAAGUUGAGCUCAUACAACUGAUUCCCUGGGUUGGGAAAGUGUUGGCCAUAUAUGAGGUUGAUGCUAGAAGUUUUUUUGUCCCCCCAGAGCCUAAGCUGGUGCCUUCUUUUUCUGGAGGAGAACAUGAAGUACUAAUGACAAGAGACCCCACUUUCCCUGGUAUUUGUCCAAGGUUAGAGUUCUCCUCCAGGACGAAAAUCAAGUGCUCUGAGAAGGAUCUUUUCCAGAGUGUCCCUGUGCUCCCUAAUGACAACUCCUCAGAUACAGAUGAUCUCCUUGACAACACAGAGGAGCCAUCCCAGCAUAAUCAUCUAUUGGGAUAUGAGGGAUCUCCCAGCUCAGUUGCACUGAGUUGCUCCAAAAUGGCAUUCCCAAAGCUGAACAGUUCUUUCUUGUAUUCGCCAAAUUCAUGGGAAGAGGUUCAGGAGCGAGUGUGCAGUCUCCUCACCUCUCCUCAAGCUGUGCACAGACUUGCCUAUGGUGCAACGAAGUCUGAAAGAGAUGAGGUGUUAGAGCGCAGGUCCAUAUCGCAACCACUCGACUUUCUGAGAGCAAGGGUGAAUACUUGA